AUGAAGCCGGCUCACAUUCCCGGCUCUUCAGAGCCAUACAGCGUUGAUGUCGAUGUUGCUACUCUAUCACAGUCGAGCCCGUUUGACGAUCGCGAGCAUGAUCUCAACACUAUUCCACAGCAUCCUCACAUCAAAACCAAGGCGGAAGCCACUUCGUCUGGCGCCCAAUCCAAGCCUCAGCUCUCGUCAAUGAUGCAUCCUAUAAUUGUAUCAUCGAGUAAUCGCCAUGAGAGCCAAAUCGAUGCCGCUUCCGACAGUCCUCAAAAGAGAAAGUCAAUCGGAUCCAAGUUGUUGUCCAAGUUCAAACAGACACCCUCGGACGAAAAAGGUGAUCCACACAGCAGCUCCCACUCUCAAGCUCCAAGUGGGUCUCAUACACCGGCUCGACCUGCCAUUGGCAGCGACGAUGUUGCCGAAGUCGAAGCAAAUCAACUUCGAAAGGCUCUGGCCCAGGAACAGCGAAAACGUGCCAAGGCCAAGCGAACAUCCUUUGGCAGCAUUGAUGGGCUUCGCAGUAUAAGACGCUUCGGUGGAAAACCCAAAAAGGUGCAACAGGACCCUGACGUAGAUGAGCACGAUUAUCAGCGGGUCUCUGAAGAGACAGCACGCUAUGUCUCUGAACAGCCUUCUAAUCUCGAUAGAUUCCGAAGCGGCUCCACCCGACAUCUACCAGGAGGGCUGUACGAGGCUGAGGAAACUGAACUCGAAGCACGCUUCAUGCGCGAUCGAGAAGCUUCUGCCCAUCUGUCUGGUGAACAAGCUAGACGUACUGUGACACCCCUGGAUCAACCCAAGGAUCUCUUUGCACCCCUUGGCGACAAGCUAGACGAUCUGUUUGACGACGCCGGUCCGCACGAUUACGAAUCAGAUGCCUCAGACGACACUAUCGCACAUCUGAUCUGCGAGGCGAAUGGCUACGACAGCUUACGCUACAAUGCCAAUGGCGACAUGUCCGCUGGUAUCGACUUUGACACGCUUCAAGCCGUUCGCGAAAAGGAACACUCACUCAGCGACAACAAGGAUGCACACAGCGGCCAUAGUGCCUACUCGGGAGGUGCCGCCAAGGCGCUCAGUCAGCCCCUGUUGGAGCUCGAAGAUAUUGAACUCGAAACUUUCUUGCAAAAUUUCGCUCGUCACACCAGAGAGGUUACCGUCACUCGAGCUUCGGGUAUGCAAAAGUACAGAAUGCCAAAGUGGUCCGAUUUUCGAGUCUUACCCGAUGACAGCGUUGCCACCAGCCCGAACAACAAGCUGCCGUCUAUGCUCAGCAGAGUGGACCGAGGUCUUCACCAUCUUUCUGAUGAUCCUCUCAAGCCCGGCACUGUCCCUGAUCAAAGCCAGACUGACCUGGCGCCCCUUUGUCGAUCGAAGCAUGCCGAUGAUGGACUCGAGCCGGACUGCACGUCCGAUGACGUUGAUCACGAUGUCAAAAAAUCUACGCUGUCCAGAAUGAAGUCACAAGGUAAGACAUCCAAAAGGAAUGCUUCGGAUAACAGCAAAUGGUCUUUGGACCAGAACGACGCCAACAAUGAAGACUGGGACCUUAUCGUACCCUCGUCCGGCGAUGCCACCCGGUUAGAGGCAGAUUCUGAACUCGGCGAGCUUCGCGUCAAUGCAGAGGACGAAGGGGUGGACGGCGUCGCCUUUUGCAUUGCCUACAUCCUUGCAUUAGUGGAGCGGCUGGCCCCCGAAGAGAUCGAUCAUCAUCCCGACAGAGGUUAUCGUGAGGGUCUGAUUCGCUCGCACCUUGAGCGCCUCUACACCAUCGCUCCCUUCUGGGAACAGCUUGCCUUCCGUAUCCGUCGGCUGUAUCGCUGGGAAGAUCCCAAGACAACUGCGGCUGCCGCCAUGAUCUACUUUGUUUUGUGGUAUACCAAUAUGAUUCCCACUGCUUUCAUCCUCAUGAUCAUGUUCUACAUCAUGAGGUUCAAGUACUUCCCGCCUUCCGAAAGCUACCUUCACGAAAAGGUCAAGAUGCGGAUGGCGCGGGGAAAGGCUGCCAACACGCUCUCGGAAAAGCUUCGUCGUCGCAGUCGACUCGAUAUUCUCAACAUCUACAGACGAUGGGUCGUCACAUUUGGCGCGCCGACGCAGGAAGCCAUGGGACUCGUCGCCGACUUUCACGAAAAGGUCAAGAACCUCAUCUUGUGGCGUAAUCCAGGAGCCAGUCGGCGUACGUUGAUGCUGUUUGGGGUUCUCAACCUGUUUGUCACGUUUGCGCCCGCACAGUAUGUCUCCAAGGCGAUUUUCUUCUUCCUCGGGAUCACUUUCUUCUGUCUGCUGCCGCUGCAGAGCUAUUUUCCCUCGCACCGCAAGGCUCUAUCGCCGCUGUGGUGGGCCACAUUUGGAGCGCCGACCGAUGCGCAAUUUGCAGUGCAGCUGCUGCGCAAACGUCAUUUAGACGUCGAUCGAUUUGCUGGCCGAAUGACGAGCGCCGCAGAUGUCAGACGCGCUGUGCAGUCGCGGGCGAGCAGAUACAAACUCAAGCCUCGACCCGACCGACGUGAAGAAGGUAUCGCCUAUGAUCAGAUCGAAGACCCAUCGAGGGCCAGCACCGACUAUGUCGAGACGACCAACGAUGCUACGCUCAAGCCGCGCAAGCUAGGCAGCUUCUUCUGCCAGUACAAGGGUCUGCCUGGUCGAUUGCAUGUCAACACCAAGUAUCUCUACUUUACACCGCUUCAUUCUCCCUCGCAAAAGAGGGGACGCACACCCAUCGACGCAAUCGAGUCGAUAGUCAAGACCAAGAGCAUUCGCUUGAUGGUUUGGAGCUCACUGGGUCUCAAGAUUGUCCGCAACAACGGACAGGCGCCGCUCUUGCUCGCCAAUCUGCCCAACCGCGAUGAAGCAUUCAAUUUGAUCCUCGCAGUUUCAGCCAAUGGUAAGUGA